UACUAAUAAUCAUAUAUCGAUUCAAAGAAAACAAAACAGAAAAUCAAGAAACCAUGAAAAACUUCCGACUUCCCUUAACACUAAUACUUUCAAUAUUUCUCCUAAUAAUAAACCCUAUUGCCCCACAAAAUUAUGCAUGUGACCAAAAAAAUCCUGAGACAAGCCAAUAUGCCUUCUGUAAUACAACUUUGCCUUAUCAAGACCGAGCCAAAGAUCUCAUUUCACGUUUAACACUUCAAGAAAAGGUGCAACAAUUAGUAAAUCAUGCAGCAGGAAUUUCCCGGCUAGGCAUUCCGGCGUACGAGUGGUGGUCAGAGGCAUUGCACGGAGUAUCAAAUGUCGGUUAUGGUGUACAUUUCAAUGAAACAGUGCCUGGUGCCACUAGCUUUCCUGCAGUGAUAUUAUCUGCGGCUAGUUUCAAUGAGACAUUAUGGUUAAAAAUGGGGCAAGUGGUGUCAACCGAGGCUCGAGCCAUGCAUAAUGUGGGUCUAGCCGGGUUGACAUAUUGGAGUCCUAAUGUUAAUGUGUUUAGGGACCCAAGAUGGGGCCGUGGUCAAGAGACACCAGGAGAGGAUCCUUUUGUGGUCUCAAGAUAUGCAGUGAAUUAUGUUAAAGGAUUGCAACAAGUUGGUGAAAGUGGUGAUGAAGAUGACGAUAGGCUUAAGGUUUCAAGUUGUUGUAAGCAUUAUACUGCUUAUGAUAUUGAUAAUUGGAAAGGUGUUGAUCGAUUUCACUUUGAUGCCAAGGUGACAAAGCAGGACUUGGAGGACACAUAUCAGCCACCAUUUAGAAGUUGUGUAGAGGAGGCACAUGUGAGUAGCGUGAUGUGUUCAUAUAAUAGGGUUAAUGGAGUUCCAACUUGUGCUGAUCCUGACCUUCUCAAAGGUGUCAUAAGAGGCCAAUGGAAUCUUGAUGGAUAUAUUGUCUCUGACUGUGAUUCCAUUGAGGUUUAUUAUGACAGAAUCAACUAUACUGCUACUCCUGAAGAUGCAGUGGCCCUUGCCCUGAAAGCAGGUUUGAACAUGAACUGUGGGGACUUUUUAGGGAAGUAUACAGAAAAUGCAGUGAAAUUAAACAAAGUAGAAGAAUCCAUUGUUGAUGAGGCCUUAACUUACAAUUUUGUAGUCCUUAUGAGACUUGGUUUUUUUGAUGGGGAUCCAAAAUCACUCCAAUUUGGAAAUCUUGGACCGUCUGAUGUAUGCAGUGAUGAUCAUCAAUCACUAGCACUUGAUGCUGCGUUACAAGGAAUAGUCCUACUAGAAAAUAAGGGAGCUCUUCCUUUAUCAAAAAACAAUAUAAAAAAUUUAGCCGUUAUAGGACCUAAUAGUAAUGUCACUACAACUAUGAUAAGUAACUAUGCAGGAAUACCUUGCCAAUACACUACCCCGUUACAAGGCCUAACAAAAUAUGUAUCAAAUGUUACAUAUCAAAUUGGGUGUAAGUCAGUAAGUUGUAGUGAUGACACACUUAUUGAGGCCGCAACUGAGGUUGCGGCUGUGGCUGAUGUGGUAGUGGUGGUUGUAGGGCUCGAUCAGUCGAUCGAGCGAGAGGGAUUGGAUAGAGAGAAUUUGACAUUGCCUGGAUUUCAAGAGAAGUUAGUAAUGAGUGUUGUUAAUGCAACAAAAGGAACAGUUGUUAUUGUUAUUAUGUCUGCUUGUCCUAUUGAUAUUUCUUUUGCUAUGAAUAAGAGUAAGAUUGGUGGGAUUUUGUGGGUGGGCUAUCCUGGUCAAGCUGGUGGAGAUGCUAUUGCCCAAGUCUUAUUCGGGGACUAUAAUCCAGCUGGAAGGUCUCCGUUUACAUGGUACCCACAAGAGUAUGCAGAAAAUGUGCCAAUGACAGACAUGAAUAUGAGACCCAAUACAACAAAUAACUUCCCUGGGAGAACUUAUAGGUUCUACACAGGAAAAUUUCUAUAUAAUUUUGGUCAUGGACUAAGCUAUUCAACAUUCUCGAAGUUCAUAAUUUCAGCUCCAUCAACUCUACUUAUUAAAUUAAAUUCUGAUGUCAAAAUCCUUAAUUAUAAUAUUCUCUCAACUGAAGAAUACCCUAACCCAAGUGGCCAGACCAUCGAUGUUUCAACUGUGAAUUGCACAAAUUUAGUACUUGUUCUCACCAUUGGAGUGAGAAACUCCGGACCAAUGGAUGGGGAUCAUGUUGUGCUAGUGUUUUGGAAACCUCCUAGCACUAAAGAGAUGAAUGGGGCACCAAAUGUAGAAUUGAUUGGGUUUAGUAGGGUGGAGGUAAAGAAAGGUAAGACUCAAAAUGUGACAUUGACAAUUGAUGUUUGCAAGAGACUUAGCCUGGUUGAUAGUGAAGGGAAGAGGAAGGUGGUGACAGGGCAACAUACAUUUGUUAUUGGGUCUGCUAAUGAGAGGCAAGUGAGACACCAUCUUGAUCUUAGGUUGAAUGAAAGUCAAAUUGAUAGAGACAUUGGGGGAAAAAACAAAAAACAAGAAGACAUAAUGGAAGGUUUAAUUCCAUAUCUUCUUCAUGCAAUGAAGAAACAAAAACCUCAUAAUAACUACAGGUCUUUCUCUGCAGGCUCAAGCCGUAGCUACCAUUUGUUAGUUGGAGGUGUUGAUUCCGUCAGCGGCUCAUCUCAUCGGCGAACCCGAUCGGACUUUCAGCCAUCAAACCUGGAUUUCUUUGAGCAACGUUCUGGUGAGAAUCUCCGGUCGAACAGUUUGAUAAAACGCACGGCGAAUUCUCCUGCAGUAGCUAAUGGAUCAACGUUUGGUGCUAAUUAUUAUAAUCAUCAAGUGAAGAACAAUACCAGUGUUUCUCAUCUUAGGCAAUAUUAAUUAAAAGAUUCAAAAUGAAUAAUUUGUUUGACAUUAAUUGAUUUUUUGUAUUGUUUUGUUAACUUAUUGUUGUAUUUCUUUUUUUUUUUUUUUUUAAUUUUAUUCUCACAAGAUAAUUGUAUGAUAUGGACGAUGGGUAACCAUCUUUUUUUAAGGUAACAGAAAUUGUAUAUUUGAUUUUGUAAA